GUCUCACACAAACUGCAUUCUUUUGCCCUUUCACUCAAAGAUUGCAAGAUUCUCUUCAAGCAAACAAUUAGGGAAAAAUGAAGUGCGACAGAAUUCUCUUGGGGAGGGGUAACCCACUCGUCGACAUUUCUGCUGUCGUCGACCAUGAAUUCUUGAAGAAGUACGAUGUCAAGCUGAACGAUGCAAUUCUUGCCGAUGAAAAGCACUUGCCUAUGUAUGAAGAAAUGACAUCUAAGUACAAUGUUGAUUACAUUGCUGGAGGUGCAACUUAGAAUUCAAUCAGGGUUGCUCAGUGGAUGCUUCAAAAACUGGGUGCCACCAGUUUCAUGGGUUGUAUUGGAAAGGACAAGUUUGGGGAAGAGAUGAAGAAAAAUCCUAAAGAAGCUGGUGUUAAGAUUCACUAUUAUGAGCAUGAGACUACGGUAACGGGUACUUGUGUUGUUUGUGUUCAUGAUGGUGAGAGGUCUCUCAUAGCCAACUUGUCUGCUGUAAAUUGCUACAAAUCUGAACAUUUGAAGAGACCUGAAAAUUGGGCUUUGGUUGAGAAGGCCAAGUACUACUACAUUGCUGGAUUCUUCCUUACUGUUUCCUCAGAAUCCAUUAUGCUUGUUGCUGAGCAUGCAGCUGCCAACAACAAGUUGUUCAUGAUGAACCUGUCUGCACCAUUUAUUUGUGAGUUUUUCCGGGAAGUACAAGAGAAGGCAUUGUCGUAUGUGGACUAUAUCUUUGGAAAUGAGACAGAGGCAAGAACCUUUUCUAAAGUUCAUGGUUGGGAGACUGAUAAUGUUGAAGAAAUAGCACUGAAAAUCUCACAGUGGGCUAAGGCAUCAGAAACACACAAGAGGAUCACUAUCAUCACUCAGGGUGCAGAUCCAGUUGUCGUAGCAGAGGACGGGAAAGUGAAGUUGUAUCCUGUGAUAACUUUUCCGAAGGAGAAACUUGUUGACACUAAUGGUGCAGGUGAUGCAUUUGUGGGAGGAUUCAUCUCACAGUUGGUCCAGGAAAAGCCGAUUGCAGAAUGUAUUAGAGCAGGUUGCUAUGAAGCAAACGUUAUCAUCCAAAGGCCUGGAUGUACCUACCCUGAGAAGCCUGACUUUGAGUAAAGGCGGCUAUUCAUUCUCUUGAUGGCUGGCACCAGCUUUUAUUU